AAGUUGGGUGUGCAGUAAUGGAUCAAGGUCAGGAUUCAGCUAUGCAAGAAAAUGAAAAUGCAAGAGCAAUUGAAGAUGAGUACAAGAAAGCUUUUGUGUUUGUUAAUAAAGCUUUGAAUGCAGAUGAAUUGGGUCAAAUAGAAGAAGCAAAGAAUUAUUAUAGGCAGGGGCUUACUCACUUAUGCAAAGGAGUUAGUAUUCCAUCAGAAGGUCUUGAAGGCACCAAGGGCUAUGCUGUACCUAUUAGGCAAAUGCAGCAAAAGAUGAGAGAAACUUUAGAAAAUGUUACUGCUCGUUUGAGACUUCUAGAUGAAAAUUCUCAAGCAAGCAUCACUGCCAUUAGUUCCAAUAUAAGGAUGCCCAGAUUAUACCCAACAAUUCCAUCUAAAGAAAAGACUGAGAGGCCUUCGGUGCCCAGCUCAUUGACAUCACCCCCUCAACCACUUUCAAGCCAUGGAAAUAUUGGAUCUACAAGCCAAGUGCAGAUGGCUGCAGUGAAUCCAUCAACUUCAAUGCCCAAUGAAGCACCUCCUGCCUAUACUCCAGAGGCCACUGAUGGCCACUAUACUGUGUCUUAUGGGACAGAAUCUGGGGAAUUCUCAUCUGUUGGAGAUGAUUACUAUACAAAAUGUACUCAGCCACCUCCUGUUGAUAAUUUUGGAGUAGAUGCUGAUGAAUUAAUCCUCAUUCCCCAUGGUGUGCAGAUUUUCUAUGUCACCCCUGAUGGACAAGUUAGUGCUCCCUCCUAUCCUGGAUAUCUUCGCAUUGUAAAGUUUUUGGAUACAGAUGUUGCAACAGCCCAGAAUCAUCCUCCUGCUUUCCUUCAGGUUUGUGACUGGCUAUAUCCCCUUAUGUGCGGCCAGUCACCUGUUCUCUCAUGCAGCUCUGGAGUAUAUAUGUUCCCCGAUAUGAUGUCACGGGUAUCAGGAUCCUAUGUAGGAGUAGUGUUGUCUUCAGAGCUUCCAAUCGCUGAACGAGAACUAUUUGAAGAUCUGCUGAAACAGAUGACUGACCUUAGAAUACAGGGUCCAAGAUCCCAUGAGGGAAUAGGGUUUCCAUCAGGAUGCCAAAGAUCUUACAAAGAACUUAUUGAGGAUAUAUUAAAACAGAUAUCAGAUCUUGGAACUAAGAAUGCUGAAGCUUCAAGUGAUGUGAUCAACCUUGGUCAGACUGUACAUAUUCAACCAAUGCCUGAAGAGAGAGAUCGUGAAUUACCUGACUGGAGUGAGAAAAUAGCACAUGGCAUCUUAUCAGUUGAAGGUGUUUGUUCUGUGGCAAGUUGUGUUGGCAGAGAGUUAGCCCCUCAUGUGAAGAAACACGGAAGCAAACUGGUUCCAGAAUCCCUUAAGAAAGACAAAGAUGGAAAAUCAACUUUGGAUGGUGCUCUAGUUGUAGCAGCAAGCGGAAUUCAAGGGUUUUCGACAGUUUGGCAGGGUUUGGAAUGUGCUGCAAAAUGCAUUGCUAAAAAUGUAUCUACUGAGACAGUUCAGACAGUCAAGUACAAGUAUGGGAAUGAUGCUGGCCAAGCUACAAAUAAUGCUGUGAGUUCUGCCAUCAAUGUUGGUGUAACAGCGUUUAAUAUUGACCAUAUUGGAAUCAAAGCUAUGGUCAAGAAAACUGCAAAGGAAACAGGCAACACACUCCUGGAUGAUUAUAAGAUUACCGAAAAGGAUGAAAAUAAAGCUCUACAAAAGAGAGAGAAAAAAGAUGAACACUAAAUCUGUGCAACUGAAUUGCCAAAAGCCUUAAUAUAUAUUUAAAUGAAAUGAAUUAACAGAUUUGGUAUUUUUAUAAUCUUAAACUAUUUGGACUCAAUUUAUCAGACUUGAAGAUUAACCUUUUCUAAAAAUUAUUUCUGUUCCCAUAACUCCAAUAUUGCAGCCUCUUCCAGCCCAGAAUUUUCCAUAUGUGAAACCAAUUUCUAGCUAACAUGGUAAAACUUUAACACAUCUGGAGAGCACCAGAUUGCAAAAAGCCAAUUUAAGUGAAAACUAAAUUUGCAAUAGCAUUUAACUUGCACAAGAAAAAACAACUCCUUUUUAAGUUGUAAAAUGGAGUAUUAGAACUUAACUUGAUAUAUACUGUUUUAAAAACUUCUACUUCAUUUUCCCCCGAAUCUUAUUUCAAUAGUUAUUGAAACUGUACUGUCUGAUUAGGUAGUGUACAUAUUUGAACUUUAUUACAUAAACAACUGAUUAAGCUAUCAAAUUAUUGAUAAGCUAUCAAAAUCAAUUCCAAUUCUACAGAAACCAAAGAUUGAUAUUUUACUAUUAAUGUUAUUAGUUUAAUUUAGUUUAGUUUAAACCAGCUUUAUGAAAUCCUAGUUUUAAUUGGAAUAGAUGGCAAAAUUCUUAACUACUUUUGUUGGCAAAAUAUGAUGCUGAAAUAACUGAAUUCUAUGAAAAAAGAUUUUUGCUCAAAAAAGUAAGGCUCCAUUUAUGGAUGAAGAAAAAGCUUUAUAUUCUAUAUUUAUUAUAAGAUAAUUUAUUAUAAAUUAUUUUAUUGAGAGGUCUGCAUUAUUCAGAAGUAUAUCUUGUUGCCUUGUAAGAGAAUGAAAUUCAUUUUCUGUUAGACAUUGACAUUUCCUUCUUAAUAUGAAAAAGCAGUUGCUAUUAAUGUAGAAUUUCCAACUUUUAGAGGUUACUUCUGAUUUUGAUAUUGAAUUUAAAUAGUGGUGGUCAAAUGUGAUAGCAAAAAGAUAGCACGUCCAUUGGUUUAGGAGCUAAGCACUUGAAAUGACUUAUGAAUUUAAAAUU